GCAGAAAUAUUACCGGAAGUUGAUUAAAUCGAUAACCGACUUCGUCACGAAACAAAAGUGUCAUGGCGGAGUUAGAUGAAAACGCUCGUGAUAAGGACAAAUUGUUGGCAAGAGACAGUAGACCUGGGGACGCGGAAACCAUGAAAACACCGAUUCACAAGCCCUGCUCCCAGGGCAAGCAAGACACAGCCCCCGCUGUUACCACCACGGAGUACUGCGAAAAAUUACAGGAGUGGAUGUGGCAGUACUACUACAGCUACAUGAACUGGCAGAGCUGGAUAGCCACGUCUGCGCUUUCCUUCCCACCGUGUUUCCCAGCACAAGGAACAAAUGAAACGCCCGGGGCGACGACAUGGGGUGCAGAUAUGUCUAACGGAGACCUUCGCAAUUGGUUUAGCAGCCCGUUUGGUUUUCCUGCUGCAGCUGCGAGUUCUCGAGCUCCCGCCACAGCGCCUGCGCAGCAGCAGCAGCAGCCGAAUGGAAAUGCGCAACAGCCAGGUAGGGAAUAUUAUAUUCCCUCUCCUUUCCAACGGUUCUUGGCAGAAAUGGUGGAUUUCUUUAUUCUUUUUUUCAUUAAAGCUACAAUUAUCCUCAGUAUUGUCCACUUGAGUGGAAUGAAGGACAUCUCAAAGUUUGCCAUGCACUUCAUUGUAGAGGAGAUUGAUGAGGACACAUCAAUGGAGGAGUUGCAGAAAAUGAUGCUUGUGGCUCUAGUGUACAGGAUAUUAGUUUGCUUUUAUGAGAUCAUAUGCAUUUGGGGAGCUGGUGGAGCGACACCAGGGAAGUUCCUCAUUGGCUUACGAGUGGUCACAUGUGACACCUCCGUCCUGGUUCAGCCAAACCGCGUUCUUGUGGUACCAGCGACUAACGUCACACUUUCUGCGUCAACGGUGAGAGCGUUAAACAAGAACUUCUCCAUCGCUUUCUUCUUUCCGGCGUUCAUCACGCUUCUUUUCUUUCAGCACAACAGGACUGUGUAUGACAUUGUGGCCGGCACCAUUGUGGUCAAGAGAAAUAGGCUUAGAUGACUUUGUCAUUGAAGUCAACACCAAUGACACUGUAAUGCAAAAACAAGCUCAUAAACAAAUGAGAACUAACUAGCUGCAGUGUUGCAUACUGAACUGAACUAAAGCUUUUGGCCUCUCGAAGAACUGUCACUUUAAGAGCUGAACACGGAAUUUCCAGUAAUUCUCACCCAUCUUCUUUGGACACUUAUAAGCAUGAACUGCUUUCUCAGAAGUGUUUUUUAAUAAUCUGUGUUGACAUCUUUGAAUAUUUUUCUUGUGCCAAAAAAGAUAAUUUAUAAAUGCGCUGCCUCACAAUACUUGAACGUCCUCUGGUACAUGCAUUUAAUCUCUAUCUCUCUCUGUUAAUGAAUGUGGAUUAUUGAUCCAAAUUAUUACUAAGAACAUUCUUUGACAAAUGGAAUUUGAGCAGGAUUUAACAUUUCUCCAAAGGCAAUAUAGUUUGGCUAUAUAUCCUAAUCUACAGAUUGGAUUUGUAUUUCAGAUGAAUGAUUUUUACCUAAUUAUCUGUCGCUACUUUAUUGCCUUUAAAAUCUUGAAAAUAUCUAUUUUUUUGAGCUGUACUGUAAUUUUCACUGCAUGCAUUUUUCAACUCCAUGUUCUGCACUAUUAUAAGCUUCUGAGUUGAGUAGGUCAACUUUAAGUUGCCUCAUUCUUUAUCCGUUUGUUUUUCCUUUUGGAUUGUUUAGAUAUGGCCAAAUCAAAAUAAUUCAAUGAUGUCCCAGAGAAAUCCUUCUGUGUUGUCUCUGUUUAUAAAUUGACAAUUUAUACCAAUAACAAUCCGUUGAAUAGAUGUUUAUACAGGGAUUUACAGCACAUGAAAUAUGGUUUCAUUUUCUGAAAUUGUGUUAACAUAUGAAAAUGCAAAGUAGGUUGCAUUAGGUUCAUUUCCAAAUAGUCAGAAUGUGGACAAAUUGUGUCAGCAAACAUUUGAAAAGCACUUGAAACACUUUCAACACAAAAUUUAUUAUUUUAUAUAUACAUAUAUAUAUUCUUUUUUUAUAGGACUGAGUAAUAAUAAACUUCAGAGUGAUGCAGAUACAGUACAUGUAAAGAUAACUGAUAAAUAAAAAUAAAAAAGCCCUACUAAACAUUUUUUAAAAUGAAAAUAAAACUCAACCAAUAUUGUACUGGCA